AUGGAGCUGUCCGAGGUCCGCUGCUCCAGCGCGAGCGAGGAGCUGUACACCAUCAACAAGACCCCGAGCAGCAACAACAGCAACAGCAGCGGCGGCAGCGGCAGCGCGCGACCCAAGCGGCUGCUGUGGCAGAACGCGGUGCGGCACAUCACCGAGCAGCGCUUCAUCCACGAGCACAGCGGAGGAGGCGGCGGCGGCGGAGGAGGAGGAGCAGCGGGGGUGAAGGGCAUCAUCACCGCGGACGAGCCCUAUGACCCGAGCCAGGGCGCGCGGAAGCAGUCGGCGGGGCGGACGUCGGUGGGCGACCGGCACAACAACGGCGGGACCAAGGUGUUCCCGGAGCGCGCCAGCAGCGACCUGGGCUUCCUGCAGAUCGACUGCGCGCCGAGCAACUCGGACUUCUUCCUGAACUGGGGCUACACGUACCGGGGCGUCAUCUUCCCCACGCUGCGCAACGCCUUCAAGUCCCGGGACCUGGAGCGGCUCUACCAGCGCUACUUCCUGGGCCAGAGGCGGAAGUCGGUGGUGGUGAUGAACAUCCUGGACGUGGUGACCAAGCUGACGCUGCUCGUGCUGCACCUCACGCUGGCCUCGUCGCCCAUGGACCCGAUCAAAGGCAUGCUGCUGGGCUUCUUCACCGGCAUCGAGGUGGUCAUCUGUGCCUUAGUGGUGGUGCGGAAGGACACCACGUCGCACAGCUACCUGCAGUACAGCGGCGUGGUGACGUGGGUCGCCAUGGCCACGCAGAUCCUGGCGGCCGGGCUCGGGUACGGGCUGCUCGGGGACGGGGUGGGCUACGUGCUCUUCACGCUGUUCGCCACCUACAGCAUGCUGCCGCUGCCGCUCACCUGGGCCAUCCUGGCCGGCCUGGCCACUUCCGGCCUGCACAUCCUGGUCCAGCUGCUCAUCUCCCAGAAUGCACAGCUCUCCACAAACCAGGUCGUGGCCCAGGCUGUGCUCUUCAUGUGCAUGAACACAGCAGGGAUCUUCAUCAGCUACCUGUCGGACCGGGCGCAGCGCCAGGCCUUCCUGGAGACGCGGCGGUGCAUCGAGGCCCGGCUGCGGCUGGAGACGGAGAACCAGAGACAGGAAAGGCUGGUGUUAUCUGUCCUGCCACGUUUUGUAGUUUUGGAAAUGAUCAACGACAUGACAAAUGUAGAGGACGAACACCUCCAGCAUCAGUUUCACAGAAUCUACAUCCACCGCUAUGAGAAUGUCAGCAUUCUUUUCGCAGACGUUAAAGGCUUCACAAACCUCUCCACGACGCUGUCGGCGCAGGAGCUGGUGCGAAUGUUGAACGAGCUGUUUGCACGCUUCGACCGCCUCGCCCACGAGCAUCACUGUCUUCGCAUUAAGAUCCUGGGAGACUGUUACUACUGCGUGUCUGGUCUGCCUGAGCCGCGACAAGACCACGCCCACUGCUGCGUGGAGAUGGGCCUCAGCAUGAUCAAAACCAUACGGUACGUCCGGUCGCGUACGAAGCACGACAUCGACAUGCGGAUCGGGAUCCACUCGGGCUCGGUGCUCUGCGGCGUGCUCGGCCUCAGGAAGUGGCAGUUCGACGUCUGGUCCUGGGACGUGGACAUCGCCAACAAGCUGGAGUCAGGAGGCAUCCCGGGGCGGAUCCACAUCUCCAAGGCGGCUCUGGACUGCCUGAACGGCGACUACGAGGUAGAGGAAGGCCACGGGAAGGACCGCAACGACUUCCUCCGCCGCCACAACAUCGAGACGUACCUGAUCAAGCAGCCGGAGGACAGCCUGCUCACGCUGCCCGAGGACAUCAUGAAGGAGGCGGCGAGCUCGGCCGACCGCCGGGCCAGCAGCACCACCUUCAACGAGGGCUCCUGGAGCCCCGAGCUGCCCUUCGACAACAUCGUGGGCAAGCAGAACACUCUGGCUGCCCUAACGAGAAAUUCGAUAAAUCUGCUUCCAAACCAUCUCGCACAAGCUUUGCAUGUCCACUCUGGUCCUGAGGAAAUUAACAAGCGAAUAGAGAGCGCCAUCGACUUACGGAGUGGCGAUAAGUUGAGAAGAGAGCAUAUCAAGCCUUUCUCACUGAUGUUUAAAGACUCCAGCCUGGAAGAGAAGUACUCCCAGAUGAGGGACGAGGUCUUCAAAUCCAACCUGGUGUGCGCCUUCAUCGUGCUCAUCUUCAUCACCAUCAUCCAAAGCCUGCUUCCCUCUGCCAGAAUGGUUACCAUGGUGAUCCAGUUCUCCGUUCUCAUCGUCCUCCACUCCUGCCUGGUCCUAGUUACCACGGCGGAGGACUACAAGUGUCUGCCUUUGGUCCUGCGCAAAGCCUGCUGCUGGAUCAACGAGACCUACGCCGCGCGCAACGUCAUCGUCUUCGUGUCGAUCCUCAUCAACUUCCUGGCGGCCAUGAUCAACAUCCUGUGGUGCGAUUUCGACAAGUCCAGCACCUUCCGCAACCAGACGUACAACGAGUCGGCCUCCAUCCCGGACAUCUGCUUCUACCCAGAGUACUUUGUGUUCACGGGCGUGCUGGCCAUGGUGACGUGCGCCGUGUUCCUGCGGCUGAACUCGGUGCUGAAGCUGGCCGUGCUGCUGGUGAUGAUCGCCGUCUACUCGCUGCUGACCGAGGCCUUCUACACCUCGCUGUUCGUACGCUACGACACCGUGCACCACAACACAGAAAACUUUCUGGGAACCAAAGAGACGUCGCUGCUGCUCAUGGCCAUGUUCCUGCUCGCUGUGUUUUACCACGGACAGCAGCUGGAGUACACGGCCCGGCUGGACUUCCUGUGGCGCGUCCAGGCCAAGGAGGAGAUCAACGAGAUGAAGGAGCUGCGAGAACACAACGAGAACAUGCUGCGCAACAUCCUGCCCAGCCACGUGGCCCGGCACUUCCUGGAGAAGGACCGAGACAACGAGGAGCUGUACUCGCAGUCGUACGAUGCCGUCGGCGUCAUGUUCGCCUCCAUCCCGGGCUUCGCAGACUUCUACUCCCAGACCGAGAUGAACAACCAGGGAGUCGAGUGCCUGAGGCUCCUCAACGAAAUCAUCGCCGACUUCGACGAGCUGCUGGGUGAAGACCGCUUCCAGGACAUCGAGAAGAUCAAGACGAUCGGCAGCACGUACAUGGCCGUCUCCGGUCUCUCCCCGGAGAAACAGCAAUGUGAGGACAAAUGGGGUCACCUGUGUGCGCUGGCCGACUUCGCCAUCGCCCUCAACGAGAGCAUCCAGGAGAUCAACAAGCACUCCUUCAACAACUUUGAGCUGAGGAUCGGCAUGGCCCACGGCUCGGUGGUGGCGGGCGUGAUCGGCGCCAAGAAACCGCAGUACGACAUCUGGGGGAAGACGGUGAACCUGGCCAGCCGCAUGGACAGCACGGGCGUGAGCGGCAAGAUCCAGGUGCCCGAGGAGACCUACCUGAUCCUGAAGGAGCGCGGCUUCGCCUUCGAGUACCGCGGCGAGAUCUACGUGAAGGGCAUCAGCGAGCAGGAGGGCAAAAUCCGAACGCACUUCCUGCUGGAACGCGUGCAGCCCAACCCGCUCAUCCUGCAGCCGCGCAAAAACCCCGGCCAGUACUCGCUGGCCGCCGUGGUGCUCGGCCUGGUGCAGUCGCUCAACCGGCAGAAGCAGAAGCAGAUCCUCAACGAAAACAACAACUCGGGCAUCAUGAAGGGCCACCACCACUACAACAGGAGGACGUUGUUAGCGGCCGCCGGCUCCGAGGUGGGAGGGGGGCACCACGCCGAAGCGGCUGACAAGACUGAGCUGUCCUGAAGGGCGGACUGGAGUUUUAGCUCCACGGACGUUUUCCCGGAGCCAGAGCCGCUCUACGGGCACAAAUAAUCUCAUUGGUUGAGUUAAACCUCAGUGGGCGGGGCCAAGGGACCGGGUUUAAACUGAAGCCUGGUGAAAAAGUCAAGAGGUAAGAGCGGAGGAAGCAGCCGUUCUAUUAUAUUAUUAUAGGUUUAUUUAUGCAUUGUUGGCUAAAACUAGAUUUCUCUGUCCCAUGCAAAGCUUCAAACUCCCACCGUGGUCUGCUCGUAAACGCACCAUCAGAUCGUGACUUUGGAGCAGGAGCUGUAAAGGCUUCAUCCGCGAAAAAAUGUCAAAAGCUUGUGACAAAACCGAAGCCAGUAAAGUUUGACUUUUCAUCCUUUUUGAUGGUUAGCAGAGCCACACCAACAGAGGAAAGUCGUGUCUGUGCUCGGACAGAAUAACGAACCAGAGGCGUGGCUUCUUCAAACCGUGAGCCAAUCACACGGCUGCUUCUGGGGGUAACGACCAUGGAUUUACAUGAACCUAUAGCUAAAGAGCAGGCUCCACACACACACACACACUAACACCAAACCAAAACACCGAACAUCACAGACAGACGUGGCCUGACACACGCCCUCACACUGAGGCUCAAAUCUGAAUGUGUGUGGGCCACAUGCAUCUAAAAAAAAAAACGUUACACCCGAUGUACAAAAUGAGGCGAACCCACAGAGCGCCAGGUGAGGUGAGGUGAAGCGUUCGGGAACAGCACACUGAGGCAGUGUGUUAGAAACAGAGAGCCAGAGAUGAAAACAGAAUAGCGAUUUGAUUUUUCAUCUCAAAAAUUCACAAACCAAAAGGCUUUUUUUUUUUUUUUUUUCAUUUCCCCGGUCAGAAACGCCUCAUUUACAAAGGACUGGAUUUUGCCUCUCGCCUCUGUAAAAGAGAAAAAAUAUAAAACGGAUAGCUGAUGUGUGAAGCGUGGCACGCGGGAAUGUGAGGGUGUAGUUCCUCCACACAGGACGGUGCAUUAAUACAAAGGUCUAUGAACAUAUUUCCUGUCAGCAAUAAAGUGAACUGCUGUUAUGACUGGAAGAAACAGCGUCUGUCUCCUCGCUGCUCUCCACACCUCUGCUGAAAGACAGCUGCUUCUGUAUUCUUAUUAUUAAUAAUGGUACUAAUAAUAAUAACAGUAAUGUUAAAUACAAGCUAAAUCCACUGUUUUUAAGCAGGACAAUGAAAAUGCCUUCUGUUUAUGGUUUUUCAUUCAGCAUUCAUGUCUCAUUUGUUGAUUUCUGUUUCUGAAAACAAAAUAGCGGCUAAUUUUGCACCUGUUUGCAUCUCCUCCAGUAAAUAAUAUGCACAGAAAAUAUGACAUAUGACAUGAUAUUUUAAAGGUCGAGUCAUUGUCUUAAUCAUUUGGUGACCCCCCUCACACGCCCCCGGGCACUCACUCCAUCCCAUAUAUGGAUAAUCUCUAGUGGCAUGAGAUUAAGUUCAAACCGACCAGAUUAGCCCAUUGCAAUGAAUGGAAGAGGGAAAAAAAACACAUAUUCUGCGUUCAUCUCAAGUUGGAGCUUGUCAAAACCAAACUCCCACUUGUGAAAAAACAGAGGUGGAGGUGAAAAAACAAAAACAUAGUUGAGGCAAAAACUGACCAAAAAAAAAAAAAAAA